AUGGAAAAAGAAUAUCAAGAAUUGAAGAAGAAAUAUUUUAUUUUUCCAAUUCUUGAACAACAAAAAAUUGCAAUUGAAAGAGAAUGGUUUGAUUUCACAACAUACACUUUGUACAAAUACGAAAAAACAACAGAAAAACUUAACUUCACUUAUAGUGAUAAUAAACCAAUUGGUGAUUACAUCAAACUUCAUCUCAAAGAACAUAUAAAAUCAAUGGUUGAUUCAAGAGUCAGGGUUCUAAAAAGUACUGUUUUUAAGACUUCAUUUCUUGGAAAAGAUUUCGCUACGGAAGAAUUCAAGAAAUUAAAGUUAUUCACAUUAACAUCUGAUUCUAUUGACGGAGCGUUUGUUAAUCUUGUUUCUGGAACACAGAAAGAUAUAAUCAAUGAUGCAAAAGCAACUUCACAUGUUUUGUCAUCGAUUUACAAUAUGAUUACAAUUCCACAGAUUUUUGUGAUGAUCGACAACAUCAUUAUUCCAAAAGAAACAAAGUUCCAAGGAUCAAUAGAUAAAGACAGCAAAUCUUUGUUUGAGAGAAUGGCAAAGAAGAUCAUUGAAGAGGAAGCAAAUACAAGCAAAGUUUACUUUGGAAUGAAAAUCAGAAUAUUCUGUAAUAUAAUAAAUGAAAGAAAGCAUAUGAUUGCAGGAAAAAGAGAACAAACAAAACCAAAUUCAAGGAAAAAACCACAAGGAGUAAUGUACCAGAUUUUGGAUGCUGUUGAUCAAAUAUUAAACAAUCCAGCAAAUUACUGCAGUUAUUCACUUCUUAAACCUUGGAAAGAUGCAAUUGAAUCUUCGCCUGAUUUUGAUUUUGGUGAAAUAUUACCCAGAUUUUCCUUACUUUUACCACCCCUCUAA